AGCUCCAUGCCAAACAUAUCCUAAAAGCUCCAUGCCAAACAUACCCUAAGUAUUAAGUAUAUGAUUAUGGAGACAUAAAAGUAAGUAAAAAGUGUGAAACUGUGAAUGAACUGUUUGUGGUUUUAAAUUGAGUGGUUGACCUUUUGCUUUGCAACAUAUUUCAUGUUAAGAUAUGCUAUAAAGAGGAAUCAUUGUUUUCAAAGAAAGGAGGUGUUUGUACCAAGUCAGGAAAAAAGUACCAAUGUACUCGGGACUUUUACAUUUUGCUUUGGGUACAGAGGACGAUACGCGGUGACUUUUGUUGAUGAAUUGAAUAUGUGAAUACAGUAACAUACUUUCUAUAAGUAGAGUACAAAAUGCUAUGGUUUAAAAAACGGUCAAGGCGGUAAGAAAACGUGUAUGAGGCGGCCUCAUGUGGUUAUGUUUGUACGUACGUACGUCUCUAAGGGCUGAGGCGGUAAGAAAACGUGUAUGAGGCAGUGCCUCAUGGGUUGAGGAUGACCAAUUAGAAAGUGGUGCCUUUUAUGCUGUUUGAGUUUGAUUACAAACUUUUUGUGUGUUUUUGAUGUUUAGUAUUUUAUUUUUUUAUAAGAUAUAUAAUUUUUAUAUUUACUUUUUAGUUCCGCCUCGGGCUUACGCCUCGUGAGGCGAAGGGAAAACGCCUUGAGGCUCGAUUCCAUUCUUUUAAACCUUGAAUAAUGCACAUUCAUAUAUGUUGUUGCAUUUCUUUUUCAUGUUAUUGCAAGAAAGAUACUUUUUUGGAGCCGAGCUCAAGCUAUAAUGAUCCAAAAGGUUUCAAUGAUUAUUUCUAUGAUCAUCUUUAUAUCGGUUUUGUGAGAACUUAGUUGCAGAAGUUAUCCACAAGUUCUUGAUGCAACACGUAUUAACCGCCGGCAACAUAGAUGCCAACAAUGACUUGUGUCAUAAGAUAGUUUAGGAAGGACUAAAUAUUAUUCGUCACGAGCACUGGGUUAAUAAUAAACAUCAGUGUAAGCAGCAGUCAUAUUAUUAAUGAAUUUGAGAUGUUGCAGCAGCAAAUUAUGUUCAAGCAGCUCGAAGAACUCCAGAGGAAACAGAAACUCAAAGAGUUAAAUCAACAAUCGUUAGUACACAAUAAGCAAGCUCUCGGGGCUCAUUACGCACCCUUAAUUAACGGAACACCAGUUCGUGAUGCAUCCCAAAUGUUUAUGUUCGGUAAUACCAACUUGGCUCAUGGGUACCAGAGUGGAUUUCUUUAUUCACAGGCCCAAAAUGAACUUCUCCAUUCAACGAGUCUUGCGUCUCAGCUAUUUAAUGGGCAUAGUGUUAGCAGAUCAUGUAUGAGUGAUCAAAUUAAUGUUUCAUAUCAGGAUAGAAACAUGAUUCAACCAGCUCUUAGUCAAACAAAAAAUGAUCAGCAAGAACAAGACGUCGUCAAUCCUUCUCAGGAGUUAACUAGUUUGGAUCCAAUGGAACGUAAGUUCUUAUACGAUACAAAUGAUGACAAUUUGGGAAGUUUCGGGAACAUGUUUGAAGACAUAGACAAGGAGCAAGCGUUUCCGUCACUUCCAAACGGGAGUUGGAGUGCUCUUAUGCAGUCUGCCGUUGAAGAAACCUCCAGUACCGAUACAGGGGUGCAGGAAGAGUGGAGCGGUUUGAGCUUUCAGAACCCAGAAGUGCCCAAUGAUAACCAGCCUUCCGGUCUAAUGGAAAGUGGGAAAAAUCUAACUCCAUGGCAGAAUAACAGUUUUCAAACUGGACCGUCUUUAAAAGCGUCUAGUGCACAAGUUCAAAGAUUUUCACCUUUACAGUCCCAUCAAGGAUCGUGUGGACAUUCUUCUGUUCCGCAAUACUUUGGCUUGAUGUUGGGCCCACCAACUCAAAGGAUAGAAACUGCUUCUGAAGCUCUGACGGAGUCAGCUGCAAGCGGUAGUCAAUCGAUUAAAAACUCAUCUCACCCUCUUCAAGAUGCUUAUCCGCUGUAUGGAAAUAGUUCGUCUCUGCAAAUGAAAUUAGCCAGCAAAAGUCAAUACGGGAGAGUUUGGCCCGUAACGGGGACCAGCUCGCUUGCUAUUAAUCAAGAUUUGAUCGUUCCUCAAUCAAAGAAGCGUAAAUUUUCUACAUAUGAGCUUCUACCAUGGCAUAAAGAGGCCACAAAAGGUUCUUCAAGGCUUUUAGACAUGAGCACUGCUGAAGUAGAGUGGGCCCAGGCUGCCAAACGGGUACCUGAAAUGUUGAAAGAAGACGCUGAAGCAUUAGGAUACUCAACUCGGAUGGUCCCCUCAAAGAAGAGAGUUAUCUUAUCAACACAGCUUAUGCAAGUGUUAUUUCGACCUGCACCGGCUGCAAUUCCUUCAGACGAUGCUCCUAAAUGCUAUAAUACCUUAACAUACUUUGCCGCUAGAUUGGCACUUGGUGAUGCAUGCAGCUUGUCGAAGUGUUUUUACACGUUGUCAGGGAACGCCUCGAUAUCUAAGGGUAGUUGUGAUCAAAAUCUCUCGAAGAUUGUAGAAGACUUCAUUAAACGAGCAAACGAGCUGGAAAAUGAUAUUUUGAGGUUUGAGAAUGUAGGAUCGGUUCUGGAAAUCAGAAUGGCGUCACAAGAUUUGGAGAGAUUUUCGUUGAUCAAUCGUUUUGCCAAGUUCCAUAGCCGCGCUCAAAUGGUUCCUGCUGAGUCAGCAUCCUCUGGUGGAGCUUCCACUGCCCCUAAAUUAUAUCCUCAAAGAUACGUUAGAGCUAGUCCAAUGCCAACGACAGUACCCCAAGGGUAUAAUUGUCUUUCAUUGUGACGAGUCUUGUUUUUGCCUUAUCUGCUCUCUUCCUUGUCUAACUGUACAUUUCUGGUCCAUCUUUCUGAACCAAAAAGUCAACUGAUGUCGGUUUUGACUUCUGACACACAGUAUAUAACGCUCUUUUGUACAUGUCUACCGACACUAAUUAAGGACUGUUUGGAGUUUGGACGGCUCUGGAGAAUGGCGGGUAUGCAUUUUUAUUAACCAACAUUAAUUCAGACAACAAUAGAAAACUACCAUCAAACUCAUUGUUUUACGUUCCACUCACCCUCCCCAGACCCUACCAAUAGCUUUUGUUGUUAAAUGUACACGUGAGGGGAUGCACAUUCUGUAUCUUAGAUUCGAUCUUAACGGAUCAAUUUAUUAAUUCCUUAUUAGCAUU